GGCAUUUCCAUUUGUUUAAUUGAAAGUCAAUUCCCGACUUUUAAACUGCUAUACGUAACCAUGCAUAUGCAAAGCCCUUUCCCUUUUUUCCUCUUCAAUUCCCCUUUUUGUUCAUUCAAUCCAAACAAACCCAUUGCUGUUCAUCAGCUUUUUCCAAACCCACUUCUGGGUUCCGCUUUUUGGUUACCCUGAUUUUCUCAUUGCUCUCUGGUCAAAGCGAUCGUGUUUAAAGAGUUAUGAGAAAAUGGAUAAUUCGCCCGAUUGGAUUUUGAAAUUUGGAGGUUUUUGCUGAGUUUGAGGAAGGAAGAAGAUGAAGGAUUUCCCUGGGACUCCUGGGACUAUGACGGGGCUAAUUCUGAGGAUUUUGCAGUGCGUUUUUGCUGCUGCCUCUAUUGCUUCUAUGGCUUCAACUUCUUACUUCUUCAAAUUCACAGCUUUUUGCUACCUAAUUGCUUCAUUGGGGUUACAAAUCACCUGGAGUUUUGUGCUAGCAUUAAUCGAUGCCUAUGCACUGGUGAGAAACAAAGCGCUCCAAAGCACUGUGCUCAUUAGCCUCUUUGUUGCCGGGGAUUGGAUUACAGCAACAUUGACACUGGCAGCAGCUUCUUCUUCAAGUGGGGUAGCAAUAUUGUAUUUUAACGACUUGAAAAGCUGUAGUUUCAUAGGGGAAUGCCAAAAAUACCAACUCUCAGUCGCAUUGGCAUUCCUCAGCUGGAUAACUAUUGCUACUUCUUCUCUUAUUAUGGUUUGGCUAUUGGCUUCCAGUUAAACCAUUUGCUGUACAGGCAAUUUCAAAUGUUGCAUUUUUUUUUUUCAAGUCAUAUUUCUUCUUCUAAUUUUCUCUUUAAUUUGCGUUUUACCUCUUCAUACGUAGUUUGAAAGCACAAAUCCACUAGUUUCUUUGCUGGGGAUGUAAAUUUAAUCAUAACAAACUAUACAAAUUUUCUUUUGCAAUUCCAGUUUUCAAACUUU